GCACACGGAGCCGCUCUGGCCGCCCCUAGGUCGGCUCUAUGGCGCGUCUUUCAACUCUGAGCAUGCGCAGGACUAUCCCGCUUGUAUCGCUAUGGUAGCGGCGUCCCGGUGGGCCGGGCCUCAAAGCUCCUGCCCCCGGUGGGCCGCGUUUAUGGAGGACUUCACCUCCAGUCGGGCAUGAGCGGGGCCUCCCUCUGCCUUACGCGCCGCUGCCGCAGCUUCCCGACUGUAGGCCUCCUUCGGGAACAUGCCCCAGGCCGCAUACUGCUACAUGCGGGUCGUGGGCAGGGGUAGUUACGGGGAGGUGACUCUCGUGAAGCAUCGGCGGGACGGCAAGCAGUACGUCAUCAAAAAGCUGAAUCUCCGAAAUGCCUCCAGCCGAGAGCGGCGAGCUGCUGAGCAGGAAGCGCAGCUCUUGUCUCAGUUGAAACACCCCAACAUUGUCACCUACAAAGAGUCAUGGGAGGGAGGAGACGGUCUGCUGUACAUCGUCAUGGGCUUCUGCGAAGGAGGUGAUCUCUACCGGAAGCUCAAGGAGCAGAAAGGGCAGCUUCUGCCUGAGAGUCAGGUGGUGGAGUGGUUUGUCCAGAUCGCCAUGGCCUUGCAGUAUUUACAUGAGAAACACAUCCUUCAUCGAGAUCUGAAAACUCAGAAUGUCUUCUUAACAAGAACAAAUAUCAUCAAAGUGGGUGACCUUGGAAUUGCCCGAGUCUUAGAGAAUCACGGUGACAUGGCGAGCACCCUCAUUGGCACGCCCUAUUACAUGAGUCCUGAGCUGUUCUCCAACAAACCCUACAACUAUAAGUCGGAUGUCUGGGCUUUGGGAUGCUGUGUGUAUGAGAUGGCCACCCUGAAGCACGCUUUUAAUGCAAAAGACAUGAAUUCUUUAGUUUAUCGGAUUAUUGAAGGAAAGUUGCCACCAAUGCCAAAAGUUUACAGCACAGAGCUUGCAGAGCUGAUAAGAACAAUGCUGAGCAGAAGGCCUGAGGAAAGGCCCUCUGUGCGGAGCAUUCUGAGGCAGCCCUACAUAAAAAACCACAUCUCCUUGUUCCUGGAGGCCACUAAGGCAAAAACUUCCAAAAAUAAUGUUAAAAACUGUGACUCCAGAGCCAAGCCUGUUGCUGCUGUAGUUUCCCGAAAGGAAGAAUCAAAUCAUGAAGUGAUACUCUACCAGCCACGCUCUUCUGAAGGCUCUGCUAUACAUGUCAUGGGUGAAGAUAAAUGUUUGUCCCAAGAGAAACCAGUGGACAUUGGUCCUUUGAAAUCACCGGCUAGUCUUGAAGGUCACACUGGCAAACAAGACAUGAACAAUACUGCAGAGUCAUGUGCCACAAUCAGUAGGAUAAAUAUCAAUAUCUUACCUGCAGAAAGGAGGGACUCAGCAAACGAUGGCGUAGUUCAGGAGAGCCAGCCACCACACAUGGAUGCCUCUAAUGAAGUAGACAGUCAGUGCAGUGUUUCUCAAGAGAAUGAUAGGCUACAGGGCAAUACCAAGUUCAGUGAUCAGCCUGAACAUCUCCUUCCCAGAUGGUCCUCUGAUGGUGGUGAUGGGCAAGGGAGUGAACUGGUGAAGCCUUUGUAUCCCUCAAAUAAAGACCAAAAGCCAGACCAGUUCCAAGAAUUACCCCCUCGGCUUUUGCCUUCUCACCCUGGUAUUGGGAAAGUUGAUAUCAUACCAACACAGCAAAAUGAUGGAAACCAGAGUGGACCUGUGGCUAGGUCAAUAAACAGUUCAAGGACCAAUUCAACAGUAUCAUCAAAGGAUCGACCAUUAUCAGCCAGAGAGAGGAGACGACUAAAACAGUCACGGGAAGAGAUGCUCCCCUCAGGCCCUGCAGUUCAGAGGAUGCCAAGUGCAGUGGAGCCAGUGAAACCGCAGGAAGAAGACCAACUCAUCCCUGUUCAACGAUUCUCUUCUGACUGCAAUAUCACUCAAGUGAAUCAAACACUCCUGGGGGAAAAGGAGAAGAGACUGAUACAUGGUCUGUCUGAGGAUGAGUUAAGUUCUUCUACAAGCUCAACUGAUAAAUCAGAUGGAGAUUCCAGGGAGGGGAGAAGUCAUACAAAUGAGAUGAAAGACUUGGUGCAGCUGAUGACUCAGACUCUGAGGCUGGAAGCUAAAGAGAGUUGUGAAGAUCUCCAGGUACUAAACCCAGGAUCAGAAUUCAGACUUCAUCGCAAGUAUCGAGACACACUGGUGCUUCAUGGCAAGGUUGCAGAAGAGGCAGAAGCCCACUGUACAGAGCUGCCUACAGGUAUCAUACCAGGUUCUGAGAAGAUCAGGAGAAUAGUUGAAGUCUUAAGAGCUGAUGUAAUCCAGGGCCUGGGGGUUCAGCUUUUAGAGCAGGUAUAUGAUCUUUUGGAAGAAGAAGAUGAGUUGGAGAGAGAGGCACGAUUACAGGAGCGCAUGGGAGACAAGUAUACAGCGUAUAGUGUCAAAGCUCGGCAGCUGAAGUUUUUUGAAGAAAAUGUGAGUUUUUGAGAUUUGCUCUAACAUGCUGCCAGAACUAAAGAUCUAUUUUCAGAGGUUUUUCAUCAUAAAAAAGCCAACCCUGUUUCAGUCAUUCCGAGGCGGAUUGCCAUCCUUUGUUUGAUAUCUCUUUGGAGUCUUCUUACUAUUAAAAAACUGAAGAGCAGAGUAAUGUGAAACAAGUUCACAAAACAACUUUGAAUAUCAUAUGUUUAUGAGAAAAAAUAUUAUAUGUUUGUUAUUGUUUACUGAGCCUUAAGCCAACUUUAUAUUUAGUUUAUUUUUUUAAGAUAUUAACUAGUUUGAAAUGGGUCCAGAAAACAUUGGAUUAAAUGGUACUACAGUGAUAGAAGCAACAAGAGAAACAAACGAUGUCUCGUGCUGAUGCUUGCUACCAUGAAUAACCUUAGUGAGUCAUUGGUGUUUAUUCUUUAAUAUCAAUUCACUAUUCUGGGAAUAGAUUUAAAGAACAUUUGAAGAAUUGUUGUUUUUACACUUCAAUGAACUUUAAUAUUUUGAUUUAAUCUGAACCUUAGUGAGAUUGUCUUUAGACCCUUAGAAUUCUUGUUCAUCUAAAGUAUAGCUUUGUAAGUCAUUAUGACUUGAUAUAUUUGAUUUCUUUUUCCCAUCAGCAAAAACAUUCUCUUAAACAGGAAUUCCUCUAUUAAGCAACGCCUAAGUCCCGGUCCUUAGUUCUACUGGCUGUACACAAUGUUUGUCUCUAUGUGCAAUGACGACGUACGUGUCAGUUGAGUUCCCACAUUUUAAAUGUAUAACUGAAGGCUGGGUACAAUAGUGCACACUUGUAAUCGUAGCACCUGAGAAACAGAGGCAGGUAGGUCAGGAGUUCAGUGCUAGCCUGGAUGACAAAGUGAAAUCAAGGGCAUCUCAGACUACAGAAACCCUCAUCUUAAAAGUCAUAAUUAUAUAUCACAUGUUGUGUUAAUUUUUUUU